AUGAAUCCCGACGAUAAACUUAUCAAGCCCAAUUUCAGACAUCGCUUCGCAAGGAGCUUUAAGGAAAAAUUCAGAUCAAGUGAUAAGAAGAAGCCUGAGCCAUCACAGAAAAAAGUUCAUACCCUUGCCAGCUCCACUGCUGCUACCAAAAAACAAGAUCAGAUUGACCGAAAUGACACAACUGCAAACGAAGUUAGGCCGCCUAAAUUGCAAGCUAAGCUCGACCUAUGGCAAGAAGCAUUGGACAAAGCCCAGCAGUCCGCAGACUGGAAAGCUCACAAAAGUGAAUAUGAUGAAGCGAUUCUGGAGUGUCAAGGCAACAACCAAAACAUUUUGAAUAAGAGUGGCACCGAAAACAAAAAAUCCACGAGCUUAGCUGACGCCAUAUCCGAGCACUUGGUCUCACUCCAGGAGAAAGUUCUAGGAAGACAGUGGAAAUACAAGGAAGGUUCAGGCCAUGAAAGUUUUUAUUUUCGAGAUGUCAUAAAACGCAUCGUUCAAUGGGUGAAAGUUUUCAAGGACCCCGGCAACCAGCUGGCUGCUCUCGAUCCUACCAAAGCUGCAGCGUUAGUUUGGGGAUUCGUGCAAUUCUUCGUCGAAAGAGCUGUCGUAUACAAUGAAAUCAGGGACAUGGCAAUUGAUCAAGAGCCAAUUGCGAAUUUGAUAACCCGGUAUGCUCUGAUUGAAAACUUGUAUCUCAACAUGUCUGGAACCCCAGAUGAGGUUGAUGAGGCAGUCAAAAGCAAGAUAGUGUCAUUAUACACAGCAGUCAUUCUCUACCAAAUGGCUAUCUACAAUUUCUGGAAGCAAGGCAAAAUUACACAUGGCAUACAAAGUCUAGUGCCUAACAAACUCAAAGAAAUGUCGAGUACGAUCCAGAAAAAGUCGGCAGAAGUUGAGGCAAUAUUGCAUAGUAGUGACAGAAAGGUGCUACUCGAACUACUCGAAGACAUCAAUCUCAAAGUCUCAAAGCCAAUUGCCCAGAUCGGCAGUCAGAUGCAACAGGUUUUGGAUGUGGCUUUGAACAUUGAUAGAGAUAGAUACUCGAGUGUCUUGAAUUGGGUUUCGCCAAUAUUGCACAUGGAUCAUCAUCAGGAAUAUAAACCCCUGGGUGGGACUGGGGAAUGGAUCCUUGAUCACUCGGAUUGGAAAAAAUGGCGGCAGUCCCAGAAAUCGAGACUUUUUUGGCUCCGUGGCAAAAUGGGUGCAGGAAAGUCUAAUUUGGUGUUUAUCAUCAUAUCUCAUUUACUCAAAAUCUGCACGAAUGACCAGGAGCGUACAGCAUUCUUCUAUAUCAAUAAUACCCGUCGGGUGGAACAUACCAAAUCCGCAGAGACGAUUUUGAGAUCCCUACUCAAACAGCUCGCAAUUCAGGAUAAUGAGCUCCUGCUGCAGCCCGUUGUUGCAAAAUAUGACAUGCUUCGAGAUAUCUCUAGUCUCCAUAAAGAGGAUUGCAUCACGCUGCUUACUGAUAUCAUUAGCGAAUUUCGACAGACGAAUAUCAUAAUCGAUGGUUUUGACGAGCUUGAGGAUGAUGAUGUUCGAUCGGACUUAUUAGUCUCUUUGAAACAAAUACUUGAUGGGUUACAGGGUGCAGUGGCAAAGAUUUUUAUAUCGAGCCGAGAUCACGUCAACAUACACGAUCUCUUACAUAAAACUUUUCCUCAUCGCGCUGAAAUCGUUGUUGCAAGGAACAAUUAUGAAGACAUUAAGAAGUUCAUUACAAGUCGUGUGCAGGAUGUAGAGGACACGCUUUCUAAACCAAUCCCGGAGGAUAUAAAGCGUGACAUGGAGUCAAUCUUAGAGGAAAGAUCAGACGGAAUGUUCCUCUGGGUGCACCUGUCCCUGAAGUAUAUCAUGGGAAUGAAGGCUAAAAACCCCGCCACGUUUGUUGAAGAUUUGAAAACGGUACCUUCAGAUCUCAAAGAAGCCUAUGAAAAGCUGUACAAUUCCCUGCUUCAGGGACAAAACCGUGAGAGAAUAGGUAUCAUUCAAAAGAUAUUUUGCUUUCUCCUGUACGGAUAUCACGAUGAAAUCUUUAAGGCCUCUGCGUUUCUUUCGGCAAUUAACUACAAGGCCACAUUAAAGCUAUCUGCAAAAGACAUUCUGGAUUUAUGUUCCACAUUCAUUGAGUUGGAUCCAGAGACCCGAAAUUUUAGAAUAAUUCACUUUUCUGUGAAAGAGUUUCUUCAGACCUUGGUAGAAUAUGAGUUUCAACAUGCAAAUGCUAUAAUUGCCGCUGAUUGUGUCUCUUACUUAAAUGACCAAAGUGGACGUCGCAGUCCGUCAGACUAUUAUGUGAGAGGCCGGCGCCGGGUCAGAGGCGGUCAGAAAUACAACUUCAAAUCUUAUGGGACUGAGUCUUGGAUGAUUCAUUGUUCUCAGGCGGGUAGUUUGAGACAGAAAUCGCCGCUUGUGGAGAUAUUAUCCGAAUUCUGGUCUUCUAAGACGCACGGGAAAGUAACCCCUUUCGAAGCAUGGGCAUAUUCAAUGAACUACUACGAACCUGCAAGCCAAGAUUCUUUUACCCAUAUAUUAACCGGAGGCCAAGGAUCGUUAUUUAUUGGUUCGGAGCCAACAGCUUUUUUCCUAGCCUGUCAGUAUGACCUCCGAGAGACAGUAGAAAGCUAUUUGUGCAAAGGUUGGGAUAUAAAUCUCACAGAUGAUCUUCUCGGACCAGGGCUUUCACAUGCAUGCAUUGGCAAUCAUAUGGAGCUCGUCUCUUAUUUACUUUCUCAUGGAGCAAAAAUAUUAACCGAUAAAUUUGAACAAUCACCACUUUGCGCGGCUAUUAGAGCUCAGCGACCAGAUAUUCUUCGUUUGUUCUUACAGCAUACUAGUUUGCCAACUGUAGAACCUUUACUGGAAGUGGCUCUGGGGAAAGGGAAUGAGGUAAGGGGAAUAUAUCAUAAGCUCGAUUCGCAGGCCAACAGCCGAGUAUUAAACUUGUUGCUCGACUAUUCAUCGGAUUUCCAGUAUUCGGACAUGUUAUUAAGAUUAAUAUUCAGUGGAGGACCUCGGAUCCUCAAACUGCUUCUCGAACGAAAUUCUUCAUUAUCCGUAACAACCGACACCCUCGAAUGUCUUUUCACUUCUGAGACUGAAUCUUGGUCCAAUACUCGAUUGUGUCUCGAUUUAUUACUUCCGCUAAAUCCCGAUUUGGUAAAAUCCCGGUCGUUGCUAAUUGCUCUUCAAAAAUAUGAUGGAAACAAGCCUUCUGAAUUAGCCCAAUACAUUGUCGAAGAUUUGAACUCAUCAGAUCCUUCAUCUUUGAUAUCCGAACUGGCCCUGAGGGCCGCAAUGCAAAACGAUACAAACAAAAUUCCUUUUAUCGAGUUCUUGCUCCAAAAAGCCCCGGCUUUGAAAAUAUCGGACGAAACGAUAUUAUGGACAAUUGGAAAUUAUUGGCUUAGAGAGGAGGACGAUGUGAUCAAAACCCUGCUCCAACACGACCCCACUAUUCGAAAUUUCUCUAUUUCAGAUUUUGAGAAGGCAUAUGACAAUUAUUAUCUAGAUUUUGGCGAGUUUAUGGCGAGCGAUUUCAUGGCAGUUCUCCUAAGAUACUGCCCCGAAGUGGCUAUCGGUCAGGAGUUAUUUACCGUAGCCAUAGGAAGUUACCAACAACCAAGCCUUAGCGGACUUAAACUUCUACUUUCCUGUAACCCGAGUAUUAGAUUGACCUGGCAGUUGGUGGGAAACAUACAUUCAGAUGCCGCGGAUCAGGUAGUAGACGAGAUCUUAUGUUCGAGCAACCUUGUGGAAAUUACAGAUGAUAUAUUACGGGCAGCUCUAGGUAAUCAUUAUCUCCGCUACAUUGAUCACAUAUCACCGAUUAUAGUCAACUUGCUAUCUAAAGCGCUAGAAUCAUUGGAAUUAUCGAAUGAAACUGUCUACCAAGCCUGUGAAUCUCGGGCGUGGAUCAUGGAACAAGUGCUUGAUCGUUGGCCAAACGCACCUUUGUCAGAGAAAGCUCUGGUGGCCGCAUUAAGCGAUAAACAAAAAUUCGAUAUCCUUAUGGAAAAAAGACCUUCGAUAACAAUCUCUGCUGAGGUCAUUGAAACUCUAUACAAGGAAAAUCGUGGCUCGGACAACACAAUAAGUACUAUAUUGAAGGUCUUGGAGUUACAGCCAAAAACUACAAUCACGGAAAAACUGCUCGAGACAGUUUCUUUCAAAUAUUUUGCAGCUGACGAGGGACUGCAUUGUCAGUUGUUCGAUAUACUUCUACGACGUAUUUUUCACGCAAGUUUGACGGAUCGUGCCGUUCGGCGUUCCAUGGUACAUGGGUCCUCUCUCGCUCAGCUUACGUUAGAAGCACGACCAGAUUUGAUACUCAGUGCCUCCUGUUUUGGCAGCAUCUGUUCUCAACUUUCCGAUGAAAACACAGAGUACCAGAUUAUCUUACAUCAACUGUUGAAACGAUUGAGCAGCCCUGGACUGGAUGAAAAGGGAAUGCUAGAAUUCAUCCCAGAAUGCACGCCAACGGCACUUAUAGCAGUUCUGUCAAGCAAACCUGGCAAACCUGAUGCGAUAGUGACAGAAAGCGCCAUCAAUACUCUUUUGAAGGAAGUUUCUAUCAAGCCAUACUUAAAAGGUACUCAGUUGUGGUUUCGCGACCCUGGAGAUGAGGCGUUCAAUAUGUUACUGGAUCGAUCGGGUUUGCCGGAGUCUUCACGACGAUUAUUAUUGUCUGAUUUUCAGGAGUUAAAGAGGAAGGACUAA